UAGCCUUUAUUUAAACACAACAAUCAUUUGAGGGGAUAAAAUUUACUUAGCUUCUGCGACUUUUAGGUACCCAGUGCUAAGCAUUAGCCUGCAACUGUAACUUCUUUCAUUGCUAGCCUUAGUUUUCAGGCCUAGUGGGAUUUGUGAGCCCAGAAUCAGAUACAGCUAUUUUUGCACCAUGACAUUGUUAUACAACUGCUUCAUUUAUUGUUUAAUGUAGGUGAUACCUAUUGAGUCAAGCAUGGCAGAGAACAGGCCCCGUUUCCCACUGUAUCUUCACCUGGCACUUGGGAUAGUCUCCUCCAUUCUUGGUUCAUUUGGAAUGCUUGGGUACACUAUUUAUGGCAGCAAUGUCCCUCAGAUAGUAACAGAUACUCUGCAAACGGGUAUAAUGGCACAGCUGGUUCGAGUGACACUUAUCGUAGCUGUCUUAAUGACAUACCCUCUUCAGCUGUACCCAGUUAUUGAAAUUGCAGAGUCCAUCUUUUUCACCAAAGUCCAUUCUAGAAACAAGUCUCACAUGAGUGAGAUCAUUGCAGGUCCAAGUGUGGAACCAGGAAGCAACCCAGUCUCUCCCCCUGACCCCUCCAUGGGUGAGUCACAAUACCCAGUGUUAGAUUCAUCAGGUGGUGUGUCUACCAGUAUACAAGAUGAGACUGAAGUUCUCAUACCAAACGAUACUGAAGAACUUCAAUAUAAGGCUGCACCCUGGAAGAGAAAUUUACUACGUACUGUGUUGGUUCUCGUAACAGCUGGAAUUGCUGUUCUUCUCAAGGAUGAAUUUGCCUAUGUAAAUGCUUUUAUUGGUUCCUUAGGAAGUUCGGUGUUGGCGUACAUUUUACCUUGCACUUUUCAUCUUGUUCUAUAUAAACACACCAAUUCUGUGGGUGUAGUUAUCAAGGACAUUGUCUUCGUUAUAUUUGGUAUCGUAGGUGGUGUUGUGGGUGUUGUCAUUACUGUCCAAAAUGUAAUCAAGCACUUGACAUAGCUAAACCCAAUAUUGACUCUUAUUGUAAACUGAAGGGAGAGGGUUACACGCCAUGUUUAUUUUGACAUGAACUGGUUAUUUUUCCCAUGGACAUAAUAAUAUUACAGUCGAACCUCUCAUAAGUGGACACCUUUGGGACCAGAAGAAGGGCUGCUUGAGGUGGCUCAAAACAGCUUCCACUACUUUCUUAGACUUAAUUAGAUUUUGAUAGGUCAUUACAACCACUCUUUAUCAGUUGAUGCAGCAAUCAUGGUAUCAGAAAACUGUGCAACAUCAGUGAACACGUUCUCAUUUUCUAUCAUUUUCGUGACACAGUAGGUUACCAUAGCAACAGUAUUACUUGCUAACACAACCGUAAUUUUAGUUUUAAUUACUUAUAUUUCAAAAAUGGCACAUGAAAACCAUCUUUUUAAAUCAAAUUUUGAUCAGCUGCAUAAGAUGUAACUUAAGGCAGAGUUUAAAUAAAUUCUGUUCAUGGGGUUCAGAGCCACCUUAAAUUUUCAAAAAAAUUCAAAAAGGUGUUUGCUUUUGGGAGGUUAAAAAUGCAGCUUUUGUAUGUGGCUGGGACCAUUACCGAGUGGCCGCUUACAAGAAGUGUCUGUUAACGGAGGUUUGACUGUACUAUCAAAUUAAGGGAAACCUCCAGAUAAUAGUUUCUAAGAUAGGAAAACACUAAAGAAGUAAAAAUAAACCAAAAAUUGACAAGGAUGGC